AUGGCCCUCCAAGGAAAGCUCUCCCACCCAAACCGCUUCAUCACCACGCACAACGCGGAAGGCAAAGCGGUCAUCGACGAGUCCAUCCCCGCCCCAGCCCCAUUCUACUCGCUCGGCGAAGGCGACGCCUCCUUUGCCCAAUGCUACGUGACGUCCUCCUUCCCCGUCGACAUCGCCAACGACACCGACACGACGGCCUACCGGGCCUUCCUGGCCGACCCGCCCGGCCUAACCGUCAAGAACGGCACGGUGCUACGGUACGUCGACAUGCCGCCCGGCGCCACGUCGCCCAUGCACCGCACCGUCAGCCUGGACUACGGCGUGGUGCUAGAGGGCGAGGUCGAGCUGGUGCUGGACUCGGGCGAGACGCGCGUCAUGAAGCGCGGCGAUGUCUCCGUGCAGCGGGCGACGAUGCAUGCGUGGCGGAACUGCAGCAAAACGGAGUGGGUGCGCAUGUUGUAUAUUUUGCAACCGGUGCAGCCGCUGGAGGUUGCGGGGGAGCCGUUGAAGGAGGAUUACGGGGGCAUGAAGGGCGUUAAGAGGUCUGAGUAA